AUGGCACCCAUACCCGGAAUCCUCUAUGUCACCAUGCAACCUGAAGAAUCUCUUACUGAUUCCCAAUUGCACGACUGGUACAAUAAUGAGCAUGGACCUCUACGAUUGCGUCUCCCCUUCGUCACAAACGGUUUUCGUUACUGUGCAACCGAUAUAUCAUCUUCCACUCCUGCCUCUCCAUCGCAUCCAGAAUGGAUGGCCAUGUACGAUGUCACCGACAUGGCUGCCAUGAACACCGAAACCUAUCUUCGACUCCGCGGGCCCAAGGUCAAGACCGAUAGAGAAAAGGAAGCAAUGGCACAGAUAAAGGUGGAUAGAAAGCUCUAUGAUUAUAUAAGUGGCAUGGAAAUAGACGGAUAUAAGAAGGUGGAGGAAGUGGGGUAUGAGGAGGGGAAUUACGUGGUUGCGUUCACGGCUGAAAUCAACGAGGAAGUAGAAGAAGAAUACAACAAGUGGAUGGUAGAGGAGCAUCUGCCAAUGUUAUCGAAGAUCCCGGGCUGGAGACGUACGAGACGUUUUGUUACAAGCAGCAUACUAGGAGGAAAAGAAGGAAAGGAAUAUUUGAACAUUCAUGAGUUCGCGACUCAAAACGCUGCGUCAGGGGAAGGAAUCAAAACUGCGAUAUCAACGGAACGGUCUCAGAAGAUCAUCGCAACUGCUUUCAAAACCCAAAAUGCCAGGCACUAUGGUUUAUACUAUACAUUCGGUGCCGCUCCUCGAGAUAUCUCCAACUUCUCCAAAUCUUAUUCAACGAGUUGGAAAUCGAUUGACGAGAAGACAAGUACUGGACCAAACGAUAUUGCAGAAGGCGGAGUAAUCGAAUCAUACCUCACAACGCCAGAUGGGGUUGAUCUCGCAUACCGACUUGAAGGAUCCUCCGACCCGACAUCUCCUCUUAUAAUUCUCAGCAAUUCUAUCCUCGUGACCUAUUCAAUAUGGACCCCCUUCAUCCAAGCAUUCCUUGCAUCACCCACCGGCCAGAACUACCGCAUUCUACGCUACAACGCCCGUGGCCGCACAUCGAACCCUGGCUCUCUGCCCGUAACCAUCGACCUCCUCGCUUCAGACAUCAUUAAUAUCCUAGACACCCUCCGCGUUCCCAAAGCCGCCUGCUUAAUCGGGGUCUCACUCGGUGGUGUUACCGUUCUGAACACUGCUCUCAAAUACCCCGAUCGCGUCAAUGCUUUCAUAUCCUGCGACACAAAUGCCUUUGCUCCUCCCUCCAAUCCCAAAGCCUGGGAUGAGCGCAUCGCCAUGUCCGCAGCCGAAGCUGCCUUAUCGCCCGACGAUGAACACAUUGUAGGAUCGAAAUUAGCGGAAGUCACCACGCGCAGAUGGUUCGUGGCCGAGAAUUACGAGAAUGAGACAUUGAAGAUGAGAUUCGGGGAUGUGAAGAGGCAGGUUGAGGGAAAUAGUUUUAUUGGGUUCAAAAAGGGCGUGAAAGCACUUUAUCAGUAUGAUAUUAGAGAAGAACUGAAGAACCCGGGUGUGGAGAAGGCCUUGUUUGUGGUUGGGGGCAGCGAUGGUGUUUUGCCAAAGACGAUGAAGGAGAUGGCGGGGAAUUAUGGGAAGGGCGUUGAGUGUAAGGUCAUCGAGGGAGCGGGUCAUCUUCCGAUGGUUGAGAAGCCGGGGGAAUUUGCUGAUCUUUUAGUGAAGUUUUUGGAGUGA